AUGAAGUUUAGUUCUGUUGCCUUGACCACUUUGGCUGCUUUAGCUUCUUUCUCUGUGGGUGCAGAGGAGAAAGCAGAAACUACUGUUACUCUUAUUAACACUUCUACCCACAAGUACGGUAAGUUUGAUAAGACUAGUAGAACCCAUGGUACCACGAGUGGUACCCAUAGGUUCGGUAGGUUCAACAAGACCAGUAGAACUCAUGCUACUACCACUGGUACUCAUAAGUACGGUAGGUUCAACAAGACCAGUAGAACCCAUGGUACUACUACUGGUACUCACAAGUACGGUAAGUUCAACAAGACCAGUAGAACCCAUGGUACUACUACUGGUACUCAUAAGUACGGUAAGUUCAACAAGACUAGCAGAACUCAUGCUACCACUACUGGUACUCAUAAGUACGGUAAAUUUGACAACACGAGAAAACACCGCGCUACUGAAAUUGUUUACAAGGCUCAAGCCAACGCUGCCGCUCCUGCUGCAAACUUGGGGUCAUUGCAAGUUCUUGGUUUGACCGCUGGUAGUGCUAUCGUUGCCGGUGGAUUGAUGCUACUAUAA